AUGGGCAAGAGCAUUAGUGAACUGGGAGUGGAAGACCUGGUGAGAGCUGGUCUAUCAGUUGAGGAGGCAAACGGGUUUCUGAUUGAGAUCAAAGAUUCAAUCUUUAAAGCUACCAGAAGCAGCACCUUGGAUUCAAAAGAAUUGUGGAGGGAUUUGACAGCGGAGAAGAAGGCGUUGAAACCAUGGCAUCCCCAUUCACUUCAUCAGCUUAUAUACUACUCUGUGUAUCAUGACUACGAAAAAUCCACUAAUGGGCCUCCCAUUUACUGGUUCCCUUCUCUGCACCAGUCAAAGCACACAAACUUGGGACGCCUAAUGGAAACUCAUGGCCGGAAGCUUCUGGGAGAAGUUUACUGGUCAAUUGUUCUGGAUCAGCUAUCAAUUCAAUUUCUUAAAUCUCCAAAAUGCAUUCUUGAUACUUCUGACAAAUCAAAACGUGGUGGAGCAUGGUUUCCUGGUUCGGUGUUGAAUAUCGCCGAGUGUUGCUUGCUGUCGAAUAGUUGGCCCAAGAAGCAAGAUGACAGUUUAGCCAUAGUAUGGAGAGAUGAAGGAAAUGAUGAUCUGGAUGUCAAUAAGAUGACAUUAAAAGAGCUUCGGGAACAAGUAAUGUUAGUUGCAAAUGCUCUGGAUGCAAAUUUCUCGAAAGGAGAUGCAAUUGCUAUAGAUAUGCCAAUGACAACCACAGCAGUCAUCAUAUAUCUGGCCAUUGUACUUGCAGGAUUAGUUGUUGUUUCAAUUGCUGACAGCUUUGCAGCGAAGGAGAUAGCAACCCGAUUGCGUGUGUCUGAAGCAAAGGCUAUUUUUACUCAGGAUUUCAUAGUAAGAGGAGGACGAAGGGUUCCCCUAUACAGUCGAGUUGUGGAAGCCGCGCCUUACAAAGCUAUUGUGAUUCCUGGUACUGGGAAGGAUUUAGCAGUCAAGCUUCGAAACCAGGACUUAUCAUGGAAGGAUUUCAUUUCCUCUCUCCAUGCUCAGCCAAGUACCAAAUCCUACUCGCCUGUUUAUCAACCGAUAGAGUCUAUCACCAACAUUUUAUUUUCAUCGGGAACCACAGGUGAUCCAAAAGCCAUACCUUGGACGCAGCAUGGUCCCAUUCGAUGUGCUGCUGAUACAUGGGCGCAUCUUGAUGUCCAAGUGGGAGAUGUUUUCUGCUGGCCGACGAAUUUAGGAUGGGUGAUGGGUCCAAUUUUGCUCUAUUCAUGUUUUCUAUCUGGUGCAACCCUGGCUCUCUACCACGGGUCUCCUCUCGGCUGCAAUUUUGGGAAAUUUGUUCAGGAUGCUGGAGUGACAGUAUUGGGCACAGUCCCAAGCUUAGUUAAGACCUGGAAGAGUACAAAAUGUAUGGAUGGCCUUAACUGGACAAAAAUAAGGACUUUCGCAACCACCGGGGAAGCCUCCAAUGUAGAUGAUGAUAUUUGGCUUUCUUCAAAGGCUUACUACAAGCCUAUUGUUGAGUGCUGUGGAGGCACAGAGCUCGCAUCAUCUUACAUCCAAGGAAACCCUUUACAACCACAAGCCUUUGCAGCCUUUAGCUCCGCCUCAAUGUCCACUGGCUUCGUCAUCCUAGAUGAAAAUGGAAUUCCUUAUUUAGAUGAUCAACCCUGUGAGGGGGAAGUGGGGCUAUUUCCUCUGUAUAUGGGAGCAACUAAUCAACUGUUAAAUGCGGAUCAUGAGGAUGUGUAUUUUAAGGGCAUGCCAAUAUACAAAGGAACGCAACUUCGGAGACAUGGUGACAUCCUUAAAAGAACUGUUGGAGGGUUUUUCAUCGUUCAAGGCCGGGCUGAUGAUACCAUGAAUUUAGGUGGCAUAAAGACAAGUUCAGUUGAAAUUGAACGUGUAUGUAAUCGGGCUGAUGAUGGUAUCUUGGAAACGGCUGCAGUUAGCAGUCCACCACCAUAUGGCGGCCCCGAGCUGUUAGCUAUAUUUGUAGUGCUAAAGGAAGGGAUCAACUCCACACCAGAGGAGCUGAGGAUGAAAUUCUCAAGAGCAAUUCAGACCAACCUCAACCCUCUCUUUAAGGUAAGCUUUGUGAAGAUUGUACCAGAAUUUCCUCGAACAGCUUCGAACAAGCUGUUGAGAAGAGUUUUAAGGGAUCAGUUUAAAAAGGAGCUCAACUUGCAGAUGCUGUCCCCUUCCAAAAGACAAGAUUUUAGACUUUUUAAAAAUCAUCGGUUUCUCCGCUCUCCUAUGAAGAUUUUCCUUGAAAAUAUGGAUCAUGAAAAGAAGGUGCAGAAAAGCCUGGUAGAAUCCCAUGAUGAUGAUGACGAUGUUGAUAAGAUCAGCGAACUUCCCAACUCUAUACUCUGCCACAUCUUGUCAUUUCUUCCUUCAAAAGAGGCUGCUGCCACUUCCAUUUUGUGUACCAGAUGGAAGGACUUGUAUGCUUUCGUCCCCGUUAUUGAUCUUGACUACACUCAUAAUUCCACCGAUGUCACUGAGGGUUUCCUCAAUUUCAUCAAUCUUUGCGACAGGAUGAUUCUACUUCGACAGGGAACUCCAGUUCGAAAACUCAGGUUAUGUCUCAGGAGGAUCAGGACAAGGUUUCAUGAUAUACUGGACUCGACGAUAUCUGCUGCACUUUUGUGUCCAACUCAAGAACUUGAACUUUCUAUACACCAUAUGAAUUUUACAGUCUAUGAUUUCCCUCCCGGAAUUUUCAUCAGUGAAACCAUAGUAAACCUAAAACUGAGCUCUAGCUGGACACCUUUUCCGCUUCAUACUCUUCCAGGAUCGGUGUCAUUGCCUGAGCUUAAGGUACUUCAUUUGCAUUUCAGGCUUUUAGUAGAUACAAUUUCCAUAAAGAGGCUCAUUGAAGGUUGUCCUCAGCUUGAGGAGCUAGAUAUAUUUUUCAAGUGUUCCGGAGGGAACCAUGGUAUGGAACAUCAUGAUCUUGAUUUUUCGAGCCCUUCCAUGAAGAAAUUGAAGAUUGACUCUUGGAAGGCUGUAGGGGUUGAUGUCACCAUUAAUGUGGGAUCAAACAAUCUCCAAAGUCUGGACUGUCGACUUCACUGGGAUGGCAAUGAAAAUGGCAUUGAGAGAGUGGUCAUAAAUGCGCCGAAUCUUCAACAUUUAACCACAAGCGCGCCUGUGGCGAAAUUGAACUUUGUUUCAGACAAGUUGAACCAUCUUGUGGGAACCAAGAUAACAGCUCAAGUUCAACAUGUCUCCGUGAUAAGCACAACAGUUGUUGAUGUAAUUCAGCAUCUUCAUCGGGUCCAGAAUGUGGAAUCCAUCUGUUUCGGAAUGCACAUCUUGGAGGCUCUGCAGGGAUUGUUACGCCAAUUGCCAUCGUUCAAGAACUUGAGACGUCUAGAGAUCGAGUUUGAAUUUGAGGAAAACGUGAGCACAAGCCAUAUGCUUGCAUGGCAAGCAUUACCAUACUUAUUCCAAAAUGCUCCCAAUCUUCAAGUACUUAUUCUCAAUCAUGUGAUCUUGGACAAACAUGAUAAGGAAAUGGAGCAUCUCCUUGAAGCACUACUCCCCAAAUGCUUCGUUGAAAAUCUCAAGGAAAUAGAGAUCAAAUUCUUCAAGAAUGAAGAAUAUGAAUUCAAGCUGGUUGAGUACCUAAUGCAUAAUGGAAAAGCAUUAAGGAGAUUUUGCAUUGGUGAAUUUAUGCCGCCAAAUUUAGAUCGCACUAGAUUACUGUCCUUCAAUACGUUCUCAAAACACUGCCAAAUUGUAUUAAAUUAA